CUCUCUCUCUCUCACACACACACACACACACACACACACACACACAGUCACACUCCCCCACCUUGCAAUUCAGUCAUAAACAACAACCGCAGUUAUCAAGCAAUGACAGGAGUAGUGAGGAGGAUCAAGUUGGGUUCGCAAGGCCUGGAGGUUUCGGCACAAGGCCUUGGCUGCAUGGGCAUGUCCGCCUUCUAUAGUGCUCCGAAGCCCAACCAAGACAUGAUCACUCUCAUCCACCACGCCAUCGACGCCGGCGUCACCUUCCUCGAUACCUCUGACUUCUACGGUCCCUUCACCAACGAAAUUCUUCUUGGCAAGGGCCAUAACGCUCUGAAAGGAGGGGUACGAGAUAAGGUUGAAUUGGCCACCAAGUUUGGUAUCAGAUUUGCGGAGGGGUACAAGAAGGAGGUGCGAGGUGACCCUGCUUAUGUGAGAGCUUCUCUCGAGAGUAGCUUGAAGCGCUUGGGUGUCGAUUCUGUUGAUCUCUAUUAUCAGCAUCGCAUUGACACCUCCAUCCCCAUCGAAGUCACGGUUGGGGAACUGAAGAAACUAGUUGAAGAGGGUAAGAUAAAGUACAUUGGUCUGUCAGAGGCCCCAGCUUCAACGAUAAGAAGAGCCCACGCUGUUCAUCCUAUAACAGCUGUUCAGUUGGAGUGGUCCUUGUGGUCAAGAGAUUCGGAGCAAGAAAUCAUUCCUACUUGUCGGGAACUCGGCAUUGGUAUUGUUGCAUACUGUCCUUUAGGAAGAGGCUUUCUCUCACUCUACAAAUUUGAGCAGCAAAGCACAAAUCUUUGUGUUCUUCACUUCAGCCAGUUUCGUAUUACAGGGUCAGAUUUGAAUGGGGGAGUUGCUGCGAUUAUAGGAGAGCUUGAUCAUGGUGAUGCAAGUACAAGAAAAAUGGAUGCUUGGGGUACUUGGCGGGGCCAUUCAAAACAACCCAGUUCAGAAGCAAGCAAUCAUUUUUUUUCCCUCUCUAUACGCGAUGGCCACAUCGAAACCCAUCAACCACCAAAGCCACCCUGA